AUGUCAAGGAACCCUAGCGUCGCGCGACUCGCGAGGGCCUGCGCUCGAGCUCUCGACUCGUCAGUCGCAGCCGACAUGUGCGUCCGCGCGCCCGCUGCCGCCGCGCUCUGUUCUCUCGCCGCGAUCGCCGCGCUCGUACCGAUCGACAGCGUCAAUGGUUUUGAGUGUACCAGAGACGGUCUCCAUACAGACUAUGAUCAAAAUUGCCAAAAAUAUGUGCGCUGCAGCAAUGGUGUAGUGAAAGGAAGAUAUUCGUGCCCUGAUGAUCGAGUCUUCAGUGAAGCUGAGGGUGCAUGUGUACCGCGAGCCCGACGACCCUGCGUGCGCCGGGAGUGUACGUCUACAGAUACACUUGCAUAUGCAAGUCCUGGCACAGCUUGCCGCCAGUACUACCGAUGUGAAAAUGGUACAGCGAUAGAGCGCAGCUGUCCCACGGGAGCAUGGUUCGAUCUGGAACACCAGGCGUGCACUCGAGGCGCCGGCACCUGCUUCGAGCCGGUGUGUGCGGGGCUGCCCGACGGAGAGUACCCUGACGCGUCGCACGAGUGCCGCCGCACGCUGCGGUGCCGCGGCGGCGAGCUGCGCGCCGUGGCGUCCUGCGGCACGCACUGCGCCACCGUGUGCCCGCCGCCGCGUGCUGCUGCAGCCCCGCUGCCGGCAGGUGACGCAGACUUCUGUUCCGACGAGACUUGUUCUUCACUGUGCCGUGACAUACCUAAUGGUGCAUAUGCAGACCGUACGACUAGCUGCCGCGAGUAUUUUGUUUGUGAAGCGCAUCGAGUGAUCCGCCGCGGAGUGUGCGAGCCCGGCCUCUUGUUCACUAACGGUGCGUGUGAGCCAGCCGCACAGUCCUUGUGUCCUGCGCCCGCGCUGAGCCCGUGCUUCAACAGACACGACGGCCUGCAUAGAGACUGGCACGACUGCGCCUCCUGGUUCGAGUGUCGCCGUGAGAGAGUCGUAAAGCGCGGCUCGUGUGCACCAGGUCUCGUGUUCGAUGGCAGUGGCUGCACUCCUUCCGAUAGUUUCCUUUGCGAUGGCCCAGCGAUCUCAACGGAAUGUGAAGGGCUUCCAAGUGGCACAUACCAAGAUUUGGACUCUAACUGCACUCGCUAUUUCCACUGCGAAGGUUUACUCCGAACCAUGCUUGCCUGUCCGCCGGGACAGGUGUUCGAUGGCGUGAGGUGCUCGCCAGCCUCACACUACUUGUGCCCGAGUCUAGAACGCGAGUCUUGCUACGGCCGACCGGACGGUCGAUACCGUGCUGCUGACACUGGUUGCAGAGGCUACUACGAGUGCGUGCGCGGAGAAAAAUCCAUCUACGCGUGUCCAACAGGCCGCGUGUUCGACGGCGAGUCUUGCGUGCCCGCGAAACCUGGAUUGUGUCUGCGAGAAGACCAUUCGUGUGAUGGUCUCUCGAACGGCUACCACGCAGAGAUCGAGUCAGGAUGUCGAAGAUACUUCUACUGCGAGCGCGGCGACCGGUUGGUGACGCUGUCUUGCCUAGGCGGGAAGAUGUUCGACGGUCGUGCGUGCGUGAAAGCGUCGCAGAUGUCGUGCGGCGGGGUGCGCGGUACCCAUGGCCCGGAGGAGGGCGCGCGGUGCGUGCGCGACGGGUUCUUCGUGCAGGCGGGCACGGGCUGCCGGCGCUACUACUUCUGCGUGGGCGGCGCCCGCACCGCGCUGUCGUGCGGCGCGGGGCUGCGCUUCAACGGACAGCUGUGCGUGCCGCCCGCGCAGUACACGUGUCCCGGCUGAGCCCGGCCCGGCCCGGCCCGGCCCGGCCCGGGCCC